AUGGCUGAGAGUGUUGUAGGCUUUCUAAUUAAGCAGCUUUCCACCUUACUUUCCCAAGAGAGCACGCUUUUGGGAGGACUUCGACCAGAUGUUCAGUCCAUCAAAGAUGAACUCGGGAGCAUGAAGGCUUUCCUUAGACAAGCUGAAGCAAAGAAGGACAAUGACUCUCAACUCCAAGAAUGGGUCAAGCAGGUUCGAGAAGUUGCUUAUGAUACAGAGGAUGUUCUCGACGAUUUUGCUUUCCGCUUUGCUCGUGGUGACGCAAAUGGAUUCUGUGGCCGCGUUGGAAAGAUCUACAACUCAAUAAAGAAUCUAAAAGCCCGCCAUCGGAUUUCUUUGGAGAUAAAAGAUAUCAAGGCCAGAGUUGUAGAGAUUUCUGCAAGGCAUCAGAGGUACCAGUCCAUAUAUGGUACUCAAGAAAUAGGACACAGCACAUCCCACCUGGCAAACGCAAAUUGUGAUAUUCAUGAUCAAGCACUCCUAAUUGAUGAAGCUAAGCUUGUUGGCAUCGAUCUGCCCAAAAAAGAGCUCAUCUCCAAAAUCCUUGAUGACCAUUCCCACUUGAAACUAGUUUCAGUGGUCGCGACCGCGACUGCGACCACGACUUUGAACCAUGGUAAGACCACCCUAGUGAAAAAAGUUUAUGAUGAUGCUGCAGUGAAGAAACAAUUUCAGAGCCAUGCUUGGAUAACUCUCUCCCAGCAUUUUCAGUUCAAUGUCAUCAUCAAGGACUUGAUUCAACAAUUGUACGAGGAAAUCAGACAGCCAGUCCCUCCACAAGUGGAAUCCAUGAAUGGUAUUAGGCUGAGUGAAUUUGUCAGAGACUUCCUCAAAGAAAGAAGGUACAUCCUUGUCCUUGAUGAUGUGUGGAGUCUAAAUGCUUGGGAAACUAUCAAAUAUGUAUUGCCUGACUGCAAUACUGCUAGUCGUGUUGUAUUGACAACACGAAUAGCUGAUGUAGCUUCUGCUUCUUGUUUGGAAUCCUAUGGCUUUGUCCAUGAGAUGAAGCCCCUCUCUUAUGAAGAUUCUUGGACCCUUUUUUGCAAUAGAACAUUUCAGAGUAAUGAUUGCCCUUCAAAUCUAGAAGAAAUUUCUAGAAAAAUACUGAAAAAAUGUGAGGGGCUACCGCUUGGAAUUGUUGUAAUUGGUGGUGUUUUGGCUUUGAAGGAUAAGGACAAGAUAGAUGAAUGGGAGAUGAUACUUCGUGGUUUUGGUGGCGAGGUAGAUGGUAGCAGUAAGUUUGAAAGAAUUAGAAGGAUACUCUUACUUAGUUACAAUGAUUUGCCUCAUCAUCUCAAAAGCUGCUUAUUAUAUCUAAGCAUCUAUCCUGAAGAUUAUCCAAUUAGGAAUGUCGAUAAUUUACUUCAUAAAUGGAUAGCACUAGGAUUUAUAGAAGAGGAAGAAGGAGUGAUAGCCAGUGACAUUGCUACGAGAUAUCUAAAAGAACUCAUCAACAGAAACUUAAUCCAAGUUAAAGACACGUGGGAUGAUGGUGAAUUGAAGGAAUGUGGUCUUCAUGAUUUUCUGCGAGAAAUCAUUGUUUCAAAAUCUAAAGAGCAGUGCUUCACAGCCAUAGCCACUGGAUAUUGCACAAGAUGGCCUGACAAAGUUCGACACCUAGCAAUCCAUGACUUCACUGAUAAUCCUUCACAAGGCUUCAACAGCUUAAAGUGUCUUCGGUCCGUGGAAACAUUUGGGUAUGAAGAUCCUCUCACAACUUCAUUUUUGUCCAAGUUUUUAAGUGGUGGUCCCAAGUUCCUAAAGGUUUUAAAUUUAGUAGGAGCUGAACUAGACAACAUCCCAAAGGAAGUUUUCAAAUUAUUUCAUCUCAAGUUUCUAGAUCUAAGUUACACCAGAGUUAAAAUUAUUCCAAAAUCUAUUGGGCAGCUUCAAAACCUAGAAUCUUUAAAUCUGGGUGGAACCACUAUAACAGAGUUGCCUGUGGAAGUUCUAAAGCUAAGAAAACUCUGUUCCCUUAUCAUAGGCGGAGAGGGUGAUUAUUCAAACAACUUUACCAUUAGGGGCUUUAAAUCUCCAGAUGGAAUUGGAAAGCUUACCUCCUUGGAGAGUCUGGGAAGUAUAGAAGCAGACAGUGAUAAAAUAGUGAGGGAGAUUGGAAAGCUUAUUCGGUUGCGGGAUUUAUCCAUCACAAUGCUAAGAAGAGAAGAUGGAAAAGAGUUGCUCUGCUCCCUCUUGAGGCUGACCAACCUUCGGCAGUUAUGCAUUUACUCUAUUAACGAAGAGGAGACCCUUGAUCUCCAACAUUCCGUCCCUCCAAGAUUUGGAUUUCUUGCAAGGCUGUUGUUGCAUGGGCGUUUAGAGAGAGUACCAAAAUGGGUAAUAUCACUUCAAUCCUUGAGCCGUUUAGUCUUGAUGAAUAGUGAGUUGAGUGGAGAUGAGAAUGCAAUAGACUGUCUUGGACAUUUACCCAAUCUAGUAUCGCUAACUUUCCAUCGUGCUUAUGAAGGGGAGACACUGUGUUUCAAGACUGGGCGAUUCCAAAAACUCCAGAGAUUAGACCUUGGGCAAUUAAAAAGACUGAGAUGGGUAAGAAUGGAAGAGGAAUCGAUGUCUAGUCUUCAAGAGUUUGUUAUUGCUGGUUGCAAGCUUAUGGAGGGCCUGCCUUUGGGCCUCCGAAACUUGACUGAGCUUCAAAUUUUUUUGCUGCUUGAUAUGUCUGAUGAGCUAAUUCACAAAGUACAGAAUUUGGAUAAACACAGUGAAAAUUAUCAAACAAUUUCUCGUAUCCCUCGAGUUUGCACUGGACACUGGAUGAAUAGUGAAUGGAAAACAGAGUUCCUCUGA